AUGUGGAGAAACGAUAUUCGCGUUGUGGUUGGCAUAGAUUUCGGAACUACUUAUUCGGGUUUUACUUAUAGUCAUCUUUCAGAUGAAAAUGAAAAGGUCCAUAUAAACGAGCAAUGGCAUGGGAUGAAGGGGAAAUUCAAAACUAACACGACACUUCAAUAUGACGAUGAAUUGAAAAACGUUGUAUUAUGGGGUAAUCCAGCCUUAUGUAAAAAGCCGAGUAGGAGGAAUAAUAAUGAAAAGAAACCUGUGGAACUGUUUAAAUUGCAUUUAGGCAAUUGUUUAAACAAACCGGAAUUAACCGUACCUUACAAAAAGGCGAUUACCGAUUACCUUGAUGAAUUGGGAAAGUUGAUCGAAGAAACUGUUACGAAAAAAUGGACCUACAUUGACUUCAUGAAAAAUGUUCUUUUGGUUGUUACCGUACCAGCCGAAUAUUCAGAAAAUGAUAAGCUUACGAUGAGAGAAUGUAUAUUUAACGCAGGAUUGAUUGAAAAUUUAUCUUCGGAAAAGUUACAAUUUACAACUGAACCUGAAGCCGCAGCAAUCUAUUGUAUGAAUGAUUGUUUAAAGGAACACAACCUUACAGCUCCAGGAACAAUUUUCAUGAUUGCCGACUGUGGCGGUGGCACGGUGGAUCUAACAACUCGUAAAUUAUUGGGAGAGAACCAAUUGGGAGAAGUCACUGAGCGAGCAGGAGACUUUUGCGGAAGCACAUUUAUUGAUAAAGAAUUCGUUAAUCUACUUAAAAGAGAAGUUGGAAGUUCAGCCGUAACAUUGUUCGAAAAGAAGCAUUACGGUCAAAUGCAACAUUUGAUUCAAGAUUUUUGUCGACGGGCAAAGUUACCAUUCUCUGAUGAUAAUCCGAAUUUCAUUUAUGAAUUGGAUUUUGAAGAACUGGCUCCUUCAUUGAAACAAUAUGUUACUGGUAGAGAGAAGAACAGUUUGGAAAAAAUUAAUUGGAUGAUUGAAAUUGAUUUUGGACGCAUGAAAUCCAUGUUUGAUCCUAUCGUUAACAGGAUCGUCGAAAUGAUUGACACACAAUUAAAUAAUUCAUCAGGAAAAUGUUCGGCAAUCUUCCUAGUUGGAGGUUUUAGCCAAUCAAAUUAUUUACAAAAAGCAAUCAAGGACAAAUUUAGCCAUAAGGUAGAAAAUAUCUCGGUUCCGACACGACCUAUUGCGGCGGUUGUAUAUGGCGCAGCAUUGUAUGGAAGAAGUUUAAACGACGUGGAAGACUUGACGGAUCUGAGUAAAUCAAAACGUAUCAUCGUGACUCGCGUAUUGAAUCGUACGUUCGGAGUCUUGGUAUCUCCUAAAUGGAAACUCGGAGAUCCUCCAGACCGAAUGACCAUUGGUGGAAGGAUUGAUAAAUUUUGCCUUCUCGCGAAACGUGGGACUGAAGUUACAAUUAAUGAAAAGUUCACGGAAACAAUGGUUCCUGUUUUUUCAUUUCAAACGAAUAUUUGUUUUGAAAUUUAUUACACAACAAAAAGUGAAGCCGUUUAUUGUGAUGAGCCUGGCAUGAAAUUGCUUGGGAAAUUGCUUAUUGAACUUCCCGACGUAGAAUUAGGAACAUAUAGACCCGUUACGUUUAACUUAUCAUUUGGUGCAAUAGAAGUUAAAGCUAGUGCUUACAACAAAACAAAUGGUCAAAAUUACGAAUCCGUAUUCCAAUUAAAUGAAAGAUUUUCUGAUCCUCUCGAUGAUAACGAAUAG